GUGCUGGAUGGGUGGUGGAACCUAAACUCCACAAGGAAGAGGCCAGCGCAAGUUGGUCCUUUCUACUUGGCUGCUUGGUUGGCACAGCUCCAGGCGGAGGGCUACACCAUCUUUCUUGUCCUCGGUUCUUUCCCAGAGCCCACACAACCGUCCACAGAUGACCAACACGGGAUGGAGAACUUCCAUUCCGUGACUGACCUGUUGGAGAAGGCGAAGAGCUCUGGUGGAAAUCCCGUCAUGAACGAGCCCGACUCUGACGAGGAAGGUCUGGCUGACUUCGUGGAGCUCUCCGAGCCCAUCUUGGAAACUCGCAGCCG